UGGUCUCCGCCUCCUCCUCUCACCCCGCCUGCUCGGCGGCGGAGGCGGCGGUGGCGGCAGCGCCUGUCCCUGCCUCUCCGCCACCUCCACCCCGGCCUAUCCCCCGGCCGGCGGCGUUGGCGGGGAGGGGGACAGUAGUUGUAGACGCCCGCCCCUGCCUCAGAGAAGGUGAGUUCCCGCCCCGGCGGCGGGGGCGGCCCGGUCUUCAGCCCCUCAGCUCCCUCCGCGGCCCAGUGAAGGCUGGGCGCGCCCCUAACGUGCGCCAUGGCCGACCGGGUCGGGGCCGGAGUCCGUCCGCCCUCCUCACCACCCGCCGCCCGGGGAAAGGGGCGCCACGGCCCCCCGGUGGAGCGUGGAGGGGAGAGGGACACCCCAGCAAGCUCAGGAAGCUGAGGAUUGAGGGGGCAGAGAGAUGUCCAGGGAGAAGUCUUGACUGGAGUGGCAGGGAAAGGGAAGGAGGAUGGAUGAGGUAGCUCCGAGGAUAAGGAGAGAAACGUCCUGAGACGUGGAAGCGAGGAAACUUCGGCGGGGUGAACUUGAACAUCCGGGGAAGUAGACACUUGGGCCGAAGUGGAGUUAGGACUCUGCCCACCGCAGGAAGUAGCUCCGGAGCUUAAAACUGUCGGGGCCCUGGGGGAAGAGCGGAGGGGUAAGGGCGUUGAGAGGUCCCUUUGGAGAGUUUUCCGGGGCUUUUUGAGGAUAACACCCUAUAAAGCAAGCUUCUGAGAUUUAUAGGCCUAUUUUGAUAGUAGUCUGAGUUCAAUAGGGAUCUACAGAUCAGUGUCAAAGGUAGCAAAGUGGACAGUAGUGAGAGCGGUGAAAAACGGAAUUUAUCCAGACACUCCCGACUGUAGGGGAAAGAGCUGAGCUCCAUUUGCAUUUGCGCAGAGGUGACUGGGAGUUUCAAAGGGAAAAUGAGGGACUGGAGGAGAGGUGGGGGUUCCAGAAGAGUCAAGGAAGUGAGGAAUUACAAAGGGGAUGUUGUUAGGCCAGCUGUGUCUGGCUGCUGGCAAGUAGGGAGGGACCUUAGGAUUCUAUCCUCCCACAGCCACUGGGAGACCUAGGCGUCUCCUUCCCGAUGAUUACACUUCAAUGGAAUGGCUUUCAGGUCUUUGAGAAGGACACUCCUGAGUUGUAGGAGGGACACAUCCUUCUCAGAGACAGGAAGGAUUCACAAUCCAAAUUCACUUCCUGGUUGUUGCACGGUCUCACCAUUUGGGGAAAGUCCAUGCUAGAAAACUGAAGCAAUUAAUGGGGGAAUAUGAUCAGAUUUCUUCACCAAGUUCCCAGCCUGAUAAAGAGAACCCCUUGUUGUCAACCUAAUGAAGCAUUCAAAGAAGACAUAUGACUCUUUUCAAGAUGAACUUGAAGAUUAUAUCAAAGUGCAGAAAGCCAGAGGCUUAGAGCCAAAGACUUGUUUCAGAAAGAUGAGAGAGGACUGUUUGGAAACUUGUGGGUACAAAGAAGAGGUUGAUUACAGACCGAGGCAUAGAAUGUUUGAUCACAGACUCUCAUCUGAGACUGUCCAGACCUACCCGAGAUCAUGCCCUAUUUCACCAAAGGUGGAAAACCGGUUACCUCAGUGGCUACCAGCUCAUGACAGCAGGCUAAGACUAGACUCUCUGAGCUACUGCCAGUUCACCAGGGACUGUUUCUCAGAAAAACCAGGACCCCUGAACCUUAGUCAGCAAGCGUAUAACUGUCGCCCAUACAGUGUGGAAUCUGGAGUUUACAAGCGUCUCUCCUCAGAAAACAGUGCCAGCGCCCAUCAAGCCAGUCAUAAACAGAUACAUCAGCAGGGGAAAAGGCACCCAGAGGAAGCCAGAGAAAAAGUAGAGGAGGAGCGGCCCAAGCAUAGGAGGAAAAAAGGUUGUGAGGAAAUAGAUUUAGACAAACACAAGAACUUCCAAAGAAAUCUAACACAAAUGGAAACAGUCAGGGUCAGUACAGAAAAGCUUAAGAAUCGAAAGGAGAAGAAAGGCCGAGAUGUGGCCUCUAAGAAAGAGGAACGUAAGCGUAGAAAAGAGAAAAAGGAACAAGGUAAAGAGAGGACAGAGGAGGAAAUGCUUUGGGACCAGUCUAUCCUUGGAUUUUGAAGAUCCUGAGUUGAUUCUCCUGAGGUUAAAUUGAAAAAAUAGUUGAGGAGCUUGGUUUUAUGGUGUCCAUGUUCAUAUCGAUUUUUUCAUGUGAACAGGUACUUUAAUUUCUAACAACAGGCCGAGUGAACCGAAAGUAUUUAAUGUGGUUACUCUCCAGCACGGAAAUUACUUUUCCUCAUUUCCUGAAAGCAUCCCUACAUUUUUCUUCUAUAUAAUGUAAUUUUCCUUAAUGAGAGUGGCACUGCUUUUACUCAUCAAAAUGCUAUGAUAGUAGAAGUAUUUUUCCCUUGGGAGGUCACUUAUUUUAAAUUGAAGUAUUAACGGGCUUUGCAGAAUCUAUUUCUUGAUUAGGUUUGUUUUAGUUUUGGGUGGGGUAUUUUUAUAUUCAUUAGUUUUCUCUUUGACACAAUUUAGACUGAUUUUUUUUCCUUUGUUAGACCUAACUUGCAGUGUAUUUUCUAGAUUGCAAAGUGGAAAAUGAAAUACAUUAUAAUAAUAAUAAGCUAAGGUUACAUAUAGUUUUAAAAGUUUCAAAGAGUCUUGAUAUAAAAUCAGUUUAUAUUCUGGAAAUAUUUAUAAUAAAGUGUUCUAAUUUCUGCA